AGAAGAAAGAUAGAAGCUGAACUAGUGUCUUAAGGUCUACUUUGGGAGAAAACAGCAAUUCGAUUUCAUAUUUGGAGUAGGCUAAGUAGGCACCAUGAAGGGGCUGUUAUUUUUUGCCUUUUUGGGAAUGACUGCAGAGAUAGCAGCUGGAGUAGGCAUAACAGUGACCGUGUUCUCAGUGACGUCUAAGAACAUGAUUGUGAGAUGGACCCGGUUCCCUGACGCCACCUCGUACAAGGUCACCGUCUCCCCCUCCAGCACACCUGACGACCCCACUGCCUUCGCUCAGUUUGGCCCCAACACGGUGAUGGGUUCUGUAGGGCCUCUCUCCCCAAACAUCGUCUAUAAGGUGAAGUUAGAGGCCCUGGCGAACCAAGUCGUACUCAGCACCACUUUCUUAGACUCGAGGACAGCUCCUCAGACGCCGGACAUCGACAACGUGAAGGCGCAGGACAGCUCCACCCUGAUCGUGGCGUUCACCCCGGUCGGCGGGGCCACGGGCUACCAACUGCGGGUGGAGAACGCUCAGGGCUACUUCAGCGAGGAGGCCGUGGCCUCGUCCCCCGCCCAGAUCGGCUCUCUGCAGCCCUACACCACCUACUCUGUGAGCAUCAUGGCCAUCAACAGUGCAGGACGCAGCCAGCCUUCCUCCUCCGUGGAGGCCGAGGACAUGUGAGUCCUGUAGUGUCUG